AUGAAUUGCUACUGCAGUGCCCCGGUGAAGUGUACACUUACAAAGGCUGGCACACCAGCCUUCACAUGUGCAGCGAACAAAUGCCGCUUUAUGGCGUUGACGCCGGUGCAGGCAAGCGGGUACCGUCGAAUUGUGGCGCAGCCUGGCGAGACGCAUGGUGUCGCGGUGGUCCGCUUCGAGGCGGUGCUUCAUCCAGAAACGAAGGCGAUGCACGUCACCGCUACCGGGCCAACGGGCAUGGACGAUGCGUUACUGGAGGUGCUGGAGGAGGAACAGUAUAAGCCAAGUUGGUACGUGGAGAAGAAGGCAUACCUGUACCCGAUGGAUUCCUACGGCCCUUUGGUCUCGGCGCUAAAAAGACUGGGGAAGACAAAGGUGGACGUUGAGGAGAUUCCAUCGUUCUUCUUUCGUUGUGUGCAGGCCGCCCAGGAGAUUCAACUGCAGCAUGAGUGUAACGUUGAGGGUGGCGCCUCGCAGAGGCCCGAUAUCGAGGAUGUUGUCUACGCCCAGCUGCGACCGUUCCAGCGGAAAGGUGUGGAUUUUAUCAUAUCCCGUGGCGGCCGCGGCAUGAUCGCAGAUGAUAUGGGACUCGGCAAGACAAUUCAAGCGCUCGCAGUGGCGCACCACUACCGAGACGAGUGGCCUGUCCUCAUUGUGUGCCCCUUGUCACUUGUGGAGAAUUGGGCGAAGGAAUUCACGCGAUUCUGCAGCAUUCCAAUGGGACGGAUUGCCAUUUUGCAGACAGGCAAACUGAGUGUGACAGAUGUGCACAGUGUUGUGAUUGUGCCGUAUUCGUCUCUCAAGUGUCUUGAUGGAGUAGCGCUAACCUUCAAGGUCGUAGUAUUGGAUGAGUCCCAUUACAUUAAGACAGUAGACUCCAAGCGUACGGUUGCGACACUUAAAAUAUGUCGCGACGCAACUCGUGUUUUGCUGCUGUCAGGGACCCCUACUUUGUCAAGGCCGAUUGAACUGUACCCGCAGCUGCAGGCCAUCAUGCACCCAUCUUGGACCCCAACCAAGUCCCAGUUCGGUGCGCGGUACUGCAACGCCUUCGUGAGUCGCUUUGGGGUUGACUACACCGGUCACUCAAACAUGAGUGAGUUGCAUGUUUUGCUGCAGCACUUCGCAAUCCGUCGAACAAAAGUGGAGUUGGGCAAUGAGCUGCCUUCAAAGAGCCGUCAGCUGCUUUAUGUGUACGUCACACCCAAGGAGAGGAAGGCCCUGGAGAAAGGCGUGGCAGCACUUCGAAAGUCUCUGAAGGACGGAGGUGGUCUCUCAGCUGAUGGAAACGCUGCUUCCGCUGAAUACUCUUCUUCGCCCCGAGCUGGGAGUGCCCUGGACCUUAAAUCUGCAACAGCAAGAGCGAAGGUGGCUGCUGUGCAGGACUACGUGCGGAGCAUCGCCGAACAGAUAGUGGAGUCUGGCCAGAAGGUGAUUUUUUUCGCACACCACCGAUGCAUGAUGGAAGCCAUACGUGGCACUGUCGAGAAGGUGCAUCCCGCAGAGCCGUUAGAUUUUAUUUACAUCGUUGGCGACACACCAGCGGCCCAGCGGGACGAACUCAUUCGGCAUUUCCAAACGCAGGCGAGGUGCCAUGUCGCGAUUCUGUCGAUGCAGGCGUGCGGCGUUGGGCACAACCUGACAUGCGCCACGAUGGUUGUCUUCGCCGAGCUGGACUGGAACCCAAGCACCCACCUGCAGUGCGAAGACCGCGUCCACCGCAUGGGACAGGUGUCGACGUGCGUCAUCAAGUACCUCCUCGCGGAGGGCACCUCCGACAGCGUCAUUUGGCCCAUGCUGCAGACAAAGCUGACGGUGACGCACGCCGUGCUCGAGGACGCGGCGGCGGGCGGUGACGGCUGGAGCGCCGGUGCCGACACAAGGCGCGUUGCUCGCACGGACGUCUGUCUCACCCCGUCCUCACAGGAGAGACGGCAGACAACGCUUGAGGCAUACCUCUCCAGUUCGGGCUCGCGCUCAUGCCAGACAACGCAGAACGGCGAGAGCGGUUCCGACGCGAGAACACCAGUGGCGAAAAAUGGACCGGCGGGAGCAUCACGCGAGACGCCCGGCAGGAGUCAAACCGCUGCGGCCACAGCAGCAGAAGCAGAGCCGGUGCUUCUCGACAUUGCAACGCUGCGCCAACGACGUGAAUCCAACCGUGUUUCUACUGCGCUACCGCCGAGUCCCAGAGGCAGUGGAUUACUUCCUAUUUCUGUUGAUGCCCCUGAUCCUGCUGCUGCUUCUUCUUCUGUACCGGUUCUUGCAGUUCCUGUUGGUGCUGCUCAGCGUCAGGCGACACUGUUGCAGGCACCAACAACUUUAAACAAUUCUUCAGCUGCGUCGCAAGGCGCGGCACGAACGAAAACUGCCUUUCGCGUCUCGGUGGCGACCGCGGCGCCGGGUGUGUCGUCCACUCUGUCCAGUGCAAGCACGCGCUCAAAUGGAACAGCUCCUUCACCGCGAUCGCACACCACCGUGAAGUUGCCGUUUGUGGUUCGGCCUUCCUCCACAAUCGGUUCUCCCACCCCUCCCAGUACGCAUCCCUCUGUUGCGGCUCCAGUUGCUACUAUUAGUACUGCUGUUACUGCUACUGCUAGUAGUAGUACUGCUUUUGUUGGCUGUGGUGAACAGGUGCGGCUGGCUCCCGCUCCUCGAUCUGAGGAGCUCCGCCGCUACAACGCCCGCCGAACGCUUUUCACUGUCGGUAGUGUUGGCGAAAAGCGGCCGAGGUCUGAUGGUGGAGAGAAUAACGCAGCGUGA